GAAUUUGCAGACUGAUGAUGAUACAGUGCUCUUCCCAAAUAAACUGAAUUUAUAGGCUAAAAGUUUCAGUAUUGGGAUUGGUAAUACCAGCCCCGUGUAUAGUUGGCAUUGGCUCACCUAAAUGUGCAGACAAAUUGCACAGACGCGUUUCCUGGACCCGUAUUCUGCGCACAGUUUGGGCCGCUCGUCAAGGUCACGUGGUGUAAUUAACCCAAGCCUGAGCGCCAGAACAAACUAGGGAACUGGCUUUACAGAGUUAUCUGUGUAACAGCGCUGUUUACAACAGUUUUAACUCAUACUACCGAGUAAAUGUCAAGGAACGGGUUAAUAUCGAGUUUGCGGAGGCUAAUAAACGACGAGGAGCCGCUCGAAACGAGGUCUCCGAGUCCUUUUGAGCAGCUACGUCCGCGGAUGAACGAUAUCAUAGGAGAUGGAGGAAUCCUGAAGGAGGUGGUCCAGCCAGGAGAUGGCCCGCCUGUCCCCGAAAACGCUUCAGUACUGAUCCAUUACUCAGGAUUCCUGGAAUAUUCUGAUCAGCCUUUUGAAACCACCACUCACCUCAAAUACCCUCGGAUGAUGAAGUUGGGGAGAGAUGUGACACUGGCCGGGCUGGAGCUGGGUCUGUUGACCAUGAAGAAAGGAGAGUUCUCUCGGUUCCUCCUCCAGCCUCAGUAUGCUUACGGGGAAAUGGGAUGCCCUCCAUUUAUCCCCGCAGCAGCUGUGGUUCUGUAUGAGGUUCAGAUCCUCGACUACCUUGACUCAGGACAAGUGGAUGACUUUAUUACAAUGAGUGUGGUAGGGAGGCUGCAGGAGCAGCAGAACACCGUUCCUAUGUCCACACUUCUUGAAGUUGUCAACACACUGCGGAGCUUUGGCAACCGUUUCUUCAACCAGAACCGAUAUUACAAUGCCAAAGAUCGCUAUAAACAGGUACAUUUUGAAGCUAUGACGCUGCUGGGAAACAGGGAAACACAGAGUGAUUUAGAGAAGGAGAGGAUCAAGACGGCUCUGCUUCCUCUCUACCUGAAUAUUUCUCUCGCUGAGCUCCGCCUGGAAAGACCGCACAAAGCCCUGAAAUAUGGAAACAAAGCCUUGGAGAUAGACUCUGCCAACACAAAGGCUCUCUUCCGCUGCGGACAGGCUUACCUGGAGCUGCAUGAGUAUGCGAGUGCUCAGUGUUGCCUCACAUCUGCUCAAGCACAGAAGCCCUUUGACAGUGACAUCAACAACCUUCUGAGGAAAGUGACAAUGUGCUAUAAAGACAGCCUGGACAAAGAGAAAGACUUGUACUCAAAGAUGUUUAGAGAGCUGAAGGGCUCAGUGAAAAUGUGAGGACCAGCAGGAGGAGGAGGUUUCAAGAUUCACCAUGUUUUCCUUUUAUAAUUUGUUUUCUACUUAUGAAGGGAGUUGGGUUGUAAUCAUUGUUUCAAUUCUUUCAAAUUUAUCUCAAAUUUAGUGUUGUUUUGAUAUUUUGUUAAAUAAUGUUUCUCAUUAGUACCCUUUCUCUCCUUUGGACUCCUGCUGUACAUAUUCCUUGCAUGUUUGCUGGAGUAUUAAGCAUUUGCUUGGGAUCUUGAGAUGAUGAUGAUAAUAAAAAAUACAAUGUUCACUUCUAGAA